UGGUUUUUGCGCUAAUCCCUGCCCGUCAGAGUCAGAAACCACUCCUGUCACUUUUCUGGUAAGUUCAAGAGGACAGAAAAUGUAUCAGCAGCCAGCACAACCUCCAGCUCCGCAAGCGGCAUCGCUUCUCCGGCCGCCACGAAUUUCUUCCACAUCAUCCCGCAGCAACUCGCCUGCGAAGUUGCGUCUCCGCCAGACGCCCCCUCUACAACUACAUCCCGGCCACCAGUUGAGAACCGAUCAUGGUUUUCAGUUCUACCAAACGAGAGAGAACCUGCAACUCCAGCAGAAAAGCCGCGAAGCGCAAAUCGAUACUUGGCUGGAGCAAAAUUUACGGGAGCUGGAAAAGAACUUGAAGGAACAAAUCAAGCAGCUGUGGGAAUUGGCAGAGAAGCGGAAGGAGAACCAGGAAAAGGAAGUGGAGGAACAGCUGAGAAAGCAGUUUGACGAACUGGAUACAAUUUGCGAAGAAAAGAAACAGGAAUUACAGAAGGAUUUUGAAGAAAAAUCUGCGAAAGCUACCUCGACGUCCUCCGCGACAAUAAAUUAUGGAAGGUCUACCUCGCAGAACUUGAACUUCGGAGCCAGGAGCAUAACAGAUCAAAUCCUGGAGUUGCUGCACAAAAUUCUGACCGCUUCAAAUUUGAAAACCAUCACCGGGGCUGCGGUCGAUGACAUUGUCGACGGACUUUUCACGGUUUUUCAAAAAGAGGUGCAGAAAAUGAUAAAAGCAGGAAAUAACGAAGCAGGAGGUCGUGCUGCCAGUGCCAUCUUCUCUACUACCAAAACUCUGCGCGUCCAAGCGUUUAGAAAGUGCAUGGUCAAGUUUUUCACCGACAUUGUCACCAAAGCGAGAAGUGCAUCGAGAGCUUCUUCUGCACAGACUGCUAGUACAGCAGCAGCAGCACCAGCAGUGUCUUCCUCGCCAGCAUCGUCGAGAAAUAUUAACCACGUGCCGGCGAUGGCUGUAUCACAACAAGUCGAAGAUCACGACGAGCGAACACUUUUCUUCACCUUUGAGCGGCAUCUACAGCUAUUGCAGAAUGUUCUUGACCCGGUGACGGGGCUUCUGCGCAACCACGCCCUAUCCACGGAGGAAAUUUUGGAAUCGAUGAAACAGAAAAGCGGACGACAUCUAUCUGUUGGUACAAGUGCUGCGGUCGGCGGUGAUGCAGCUGCUCCUGGUUCCUCGUACUACAGCACACCACAGACAGCGGCAAUUUCCGGUGUACGACCACGUGGCGCAGCACCAGAAGAUAAUUUGUUUUCAACUGUCGACCAGUUUCGGUUUUUGUGGCUGCAAUUGCUGAAGGGAGUCUACCUGGACUUGAACGACCAACGGCUGCGAGAACUGACGCCUGUUGCUAGUGCGAAUGUGAUGAAUUAUGCAGAACCUGCUGCACCUGCCGCUCCGGGCACGACCCGAACUGGCGGGGAACAGACGACAAGUGCUGCCGGAGUAGAGUCCUCGUCGUCUUUUUUGCCAAAGGAUGUUGAGCCAGCAGUUGAUCAUGACGCAGCAGCAGGGGAAAAACUUUCUGCGAAUAAAGCGAGGGUGUCUUCUGUAAAACUUGAAGAACCGCUGCUGGAGAUCUUAGCAUCGUCGUCCACGCCUUCUGGUGCACAGCAUCAAGUACUAGAAGGCUCUAGUAGUACAACGAACGGAACAGUAGAAGGUUCUGCUGCUGUCGUGAAGAAACAAGACACGUCAGGAGCAACAUCAGGUUCUACUUCCUUCUCGCCUCAAAAAACGCAAACACUGGAGAUUGUGAAUGCGCAAGAUUCCAUCGACGUG